UUUGCCAUCUCUACGGACUGAGUCAAUUUGUUAUGGCCAGCUGAAAUUUAGAUCUUUCGCAAUAGAAGAGCAGGAUUGGAAACCCGGGGCAACCAUGAAGGGCGGAACCUUCAGAAACACCCAGUGGGAUCCCACGCUGCUGUCCUCACAGAUCGUUUCCAUGCAAUUCUGCGUGUACUUUACACUUGGCCUACUGGUCUUCGUGGCCAGCAAGUUGUCCGGGGAUAACUACAGCCUGGAUCAUUUGUUCGAGUACCAUUCACAUUUGAUCUAUUUUUGUUUCAAGGAGAUUCACAUCUACGAUUUGGGCGGCAGAUUGGUGAUCUGCGCAUUUCUUCUCAAUGCGUUCCUGGCUUCCCUGGCGCUGUGGUGCAUUGUGAGACGGGCCAAGCUCUGCCUGGACUUUAGCUGCACCUUUCACGUCCUGCAUUUGCUCAUCUGCUGGUGGUACAACCGCUCCUUUCCUGCCAACGCAUCCUGGUGGCUGCUCAACGUCAUCACCGGUACGAUAAUGUGCAUAGGCGGCGAGUUCCUUUGCCUGCAGACCGAAAUGAAAGAGAUUCCGGUGGGCUAUGCAGCCCUCAACCAAAAAUCAGACGUCUGACUCGAACCAUAAACUUGUGAUGUCUGCUAGCUUAACCAAGCCACCCCUAAACCAGCUUCUUUGUACAUGUAAUUUAUUGUUAAACUACCGUAAGAUUACAUAGCAUAUAUACUCUAAAUUGUAAAUCCUAAUCAGUGUAAUAUCUGGUAAAUGAA